UUCUCACAGUGUAUUCGCUGUGUGUACGCCCUGCCAGUAUCGAUUGUUUUGCCCAUGACCAUUUUAUCAUUUUUGUUCCCAAAAGAAGCAGGCAGUGAUUUCCCGCCUGAAUGAGUGGCCCUCAUACUUGUUUACAAGUUAGCUCCAAAAAUGAUCAUAACAAGUUACCGUAUGACUACAAACAAAAUAGCAUAGCCAAUGGUAGUGAUAUUCACGGCAGCCAGACACCACGGCGACACUCAGGAUGGGUAGGCAGCCACCAACGACAACAAACAAACGCAUGCACAUGGCUGUUGGAUAGACAAAGGGCUCUGCUGAUGCGUUGGUCAGCCAGCCACAACAAGGGACACACACACGCACAUGUGGUUGGCAUAGGCAAGGGCCCCACAUGAUUGUUGGUCAGCCAGCAACGACAGCGACCAUACGCAUGUACAUUGGAUGGUUGAAGGGAGAAUGCCUGGCGUUGGAUGAUCGCUGCUGUGGUGAAUUUGAAAACCAGGUAUGAGCGAGAACGAAUAAAAGGAGGGGUGCAACAGGCAAAGGGGAUCAGAAGUCCACCGUCGGAGGCGAAGCAACGAGUGUGAAGCCAAGGAGAUAUCGAUACUUCAUCUAUAGCGACACAGCCACCAAAAGCCAUGAACCCCGAACAGACACCUUUGCGUACCAAGGCUUACUAUAAACAGCAGGGGCAGCUGCAAGCGACUGAGAGAGGCAGCAAAGACUCCGGCCAAUCUAGUUCUCGUCGAAAGCAUCCGACCAAAUCCCGCAGACGGCCUUCUGAAACAAAGAAGACGCCGAAGGUGCAGUUACCCCCAUGCUACGUAAUGCUGGAGAGGAUGGUGGUUGAACCCGUGCGGCGCCCAGUGGUAGCAGUGCAACCUAUGCGAAGGCCAACCACUCCAACAGUCGUAAACAGGGUAGCUGAACAACCAGCCCGAAGGCCAACAGCACCAUCGGCACGCGACCUAGUUGCACCACGACUAGUGAGGAUACCAGCCGUCCCCCCCGUCAUAGAUACCAUCGUCCUUUCAUCGGACUCUGAGGAGCCAUCGACACCGCCCCGGCCAUUUAGAUUCGCCCCGUCAAACCCAGCUACACCCUCACCAACGGUGUCCCUCAUUAUUUCGGACGACUCGGAUGCAGAGAGUAUAGGCGUAGUAGCACCGCGCUCGGCUAACUCCACAUCCCCCAGGUAUGCCGAAUCCACAGCCUCCGAUACCGAAAUAUUGGUUCCAAGGGAGAACCCACGCUUGACAGCGACCCGGGUCCCGACCCCGCCACCAGCACGAUUGUCCAGCGCAAUUGUGGUACCGACGCCACCUCUACAGCGGAACUACGCCUACAACUGCCAGGAGCGCUUGCCGGACGAGGUCCAGCCGGCCCUCCAACGCCACAUCCGGGUAGCCCUAGCCUUCCAUGUGCCGCAUCGGCAGUACAAGAAGGUAGUGGAGAUCUGCGGCCGCCGCUACCGCAUUAUGGUUAACCGCCAAGGGAAGGUGUUCGUAAUGCCGAGAUGAACCAGCUCUUCCCGGAGGAGGGGAGUAGUGUGAUGACGGAAGUCGCUGGCUCGUUUCCGUCCACACUCAGUGUCGUCUCCAUUCGCGUUUAACCUGUGUUGUCCUUUUUAUGUUGAAUUAUUUAAAAUGAAUUUUGGGUAAUGAAUGUGAAUUAAUGAAUUAAU